AGAUGGCAAAGUUCAAAAGAGCUGUUUUUACAGCAUUUAUACUUUUCAGGACGAUAUAUUGUCAUGCAAUAGACCCCUGYACUAACCACAAAGUUAUAAACGAUGUCUACCGCAGUACUAAGYAUCAGUUGCAGCCAGGAUUUGCAGCCAUAUGCGACGACAAACUUACGACUGGGUGGUAUAGAUUCAAGAGCAUUGUUGGUGGAAUGAUGCCGGAAACAAAACCCUCACCUAACCAUUGUGGGACUGUUGCACCUAUCUGGAUCAGGGAUACUCACCCAACAACGAAAGGCCAAGAAAAAGAAGUGAAGGCUUGUAUAAAUAUUCGAAAUAUGCUGAAUGGGUGUUUCUUGCGAGAGUCGAUUUCUGUCAAAAACUGUGGUGGUUUUUAUGUCUACAAGCUUAAAAGAAUUCGUGGAUGCCCAGCAGCUUAUUGUGCAGUCCCUUGACGAUGCUCUGUAAAUUCAGUUUUCCCAACUGGAAAAACGUGUCAUUUGGCAUUGAAUGGUUUACUGAUGGCUACUCAGUCAAAAAUGACACUAUUUGCAGUGAUAAAAGUGAUCCUGAUUGCUCGAAUAGGCACAGUGAAUUGCCUGCACUCCAUCCCGACCAACUGCCGUACUUCAAACCAGGACAUAGGAUUCACUGUAAGCUGCGCAUGAGAUAUAACACAAAUGUUGACAACAAAUGGACCGCCAUUACAAAGCAAAGCAGCCAAUAUUUUGUUGGUAUCAAGGUUACCGCUUCUCAUCAAAAUGGUCGUUUAAAGGAAUGCAAUAAAGAUACACAAAUUACAGUCACUUUCACACCAACUGUACCUAUUGUUGAUGUAAACAAAAAGUACCUGUCUAUCAAAAUCUUUUUGCCGAUUCACCAUAAGAAACACCAAAAGACCAGGAGCGCAGUCGAUACAUGCGACUUAAAAUUACUUCAUGAAAUGCUUCCCAAUGAAACUCGCUCAAUCAAAAUAACUCCAGUUUGCGACAACAUUAACCAACCAACAGGUUCGAUGGAGUACCACUUUGUCAUCAAUGACUUUUUCCAAACAUUUUGGUUGAGGUAUAAACUACCAUCAGUGAAGGUCACCGUUGACAAUACACCACAGCAACAGUGCUUAGCAACCGGAGACCCUCACUACACAACAUUUGAUGGCAGAUAUUACGACUUCAUGCCUAUUGGGGACUACGUUCUUUACAAAAACACAUUCACCAACACCGAGGUACAUGCUCGUUCAUGGGUUUGUGGGCAUCCGUCUUCUGCUGUUACGUGCAAUUGUGGAGCUGCAAUUCGUGAGGGAGCUGAUAUCAUCAUUUUCGACAUAUGCAAUGCAAAUCUUGUUCAAACGCCUAGACUUUUGAAAACUGAAAUACGAAGUGAAGGUGGCCUGGCACCAGGGACCCAUAUUAUUAGAACUGUUCAAGGCAUCACAGUUACGCAUGAUGUUCUUCUUCCAUCUGGCAACAGAGUCAAGGUCGAACGCUACGAGUGGGGUAUUAGUAUAUAUGUUAAAGCAAUGUCUCCAAAAGAUAAUACCAUAUUUGGAUUAUGUGGCAAUUUUAAUGGACGACAAGACGACGAGUUUCAUCAAGGAGGCGACAAACAAAAAUAUGGAGACCCGGUUUCUUUUGGAAAAAGCUGGAGGGUUGAGCCAAGCAAAAGUAUAUUUAAUUUGCGUCUUCCUGCACCAACUCUGCCACCAGGAGCAAAUGGGCGAAAAUAUUGCGAGUGUCCGCAAAGGCAAAACCAACUUUGGAAUUGUGAUUGGUCCGAAAACGAUUUUAUUGGUUUUAGAAAAAUUACAGGAAAAGAUAUUGCCGACCAGUUUCGAAGGCGUCGACGAAGGUCAAUAACCGGAACUUUCUACAGCGAUGACUUAAUGGAUUAUGAGGAGAGGAGCUUUUUUAUUGACGAAAAAGAGGCACAAUUCGCGCUUUCACGUAUUCGAUCAAGACGAUCAGUAAACAACGAAUUGAUGUCCAAUGAAAAUGCUACAAAACACUGUAGAGCUGUAAUAGAAGAUUCAACGGCUGGAAAGACAUGCAGUGAUGUUCCUGGGUUUAACCUGACAUUGGCCAUGGCAGAAUGCAUCACUGAUUUAAAAUUAACCAGAGAUACGAAGUUUGCGGGAGCUGCAUUCGACUCUAUGAAAGAGUCCUGCGAAGAAGUUACUUUAAAAAAUAUCUCUCUAUAUCAAGAAGACGCCAGUGGAAAACUCCAGCCAUCUCAAAAAAUUGGUGACAACCUGUGUCCUGGUGAUUGUAGCGGCCAUGGUGACUGCUUAAACAGAACAUGCAUAUGUUAUAAAGGCUAUACCUCAGAUGAUUGCUCGAUGAAAAUUGACGCUGUGCCUGAAUUGUUAGGCAUUUAUGAUGGAGGUUUGUGUGACAUUCGAAAACGACCAUGCAAGAAAAUCGACAUCUUUGGAAAAGACUUUAUCAACUCAGGAAACRUCACUUGCCAUAUUAGGGAGUUUAAGGYGAUGUCAAGUAAAUGGAUGCCUAAACAAAAYRCCAUCAAGAAACAYGGUGAUAUGAUUGAUAUCUUUGGAGUACGGUGUGACCUUCCMGAUCCCCCUACAAAACUUGGCGACUAUAGCAAUGUGGGAACCCCAGCAGGAGGRCUGUGGAUAUCAAUCUCGAACGACGGCGAAAGUGAAAGUCGGCGGCGGAUGCGAUUUAUCUCAUACGACUCUAUCUGUGUGACAUGCAACAAGACUGGCAACUGCUCAUUCAAAGUGAGUUGA